CCACGUGCAGUUCCCGGCGAGCGCAGCGGAAGGGGAGAGGGUCGCGCCGGCCGGGUGCAGUGUAUGUGUUUGGGGCUGCCGGUGCCGGCGCGGGACGCUGCACCCCGGCUCUCCUCCCGCCGAGUAGGACCCCGGAGCGAGCCCCGCCCGACCCCCGAACCUCCAGCCAUGGCUUCUCUGCUCGCGAAGGACGCCUACCUGCAGAGUCUGGCCAAGAAGAUCUGCUCCCAGCCCAGCCCCGAGCCACAGAAACGCAAGUCGGCUGGCAAAACUCAAGUCUCAGAAGCUGCUGGGCCCCCCAAAAAGAAGAGGAAGAGGGCACAGAAGAAAUCCCGGGAGCGGGAGGAGAAGGCUGCAGAACCCAAGGCCCAGGCCCCUGCGGAGAAGUCUCAAGCCAGGGCGCCAGUGGCAGCCAAGGAGAAGGAGGAGGAGGGCUCCGGCUCCACCGGGGCCCCUGCGCAUGGCCUGGUCAGUGAGCCUGGCUCUGUAUUUGCCUUGGACGUUCUGCGGCAGCGCCUGCAUGAGAAGAUCCGGGAGGCGCGGGGCCAGGGCAGCGCCGAGGAGUUGUCGCCCGCCGCUUCGGAGAAAAGACGCCGGAGGAGGCAGGAGCGCGACCGGAAGAAGAGGAAGCGGAGCGAGCUGAGAGCGAAGGAGAAGGCGGCGCAGGCCGCCGAGCCACCUCCCGAGGCGCCCCGCGAGGCGGCGCAGGCCCAGCCGGGGCUGCUCUUCAAUAAGGUGGAGGUGAGCGCGGAGGAGCCGGGCAGCAAGGCCCAGCGCAGGAAGGAGAAGAGGCGGCAGCUGAAGGGGAACCUGACGCCGCUGACGGGCAGGAAUUACCGGCAGCUGCUGGGGCGCCUGCGGGCGCGGCGGGCCCGGCUGGAGGAGCUGCGGGGCCAGGACGCGGGCCAGGCCCGGGCGCUCGAGGCCAAGAUGCAGUGGACCAACCUGCUGUACAAGGCCGAGGGCGUGAAGAUCCGCGACGACGAGCGCCUGCUGCAGGAGGCCCUGAAGCGCAAGGAGAAGCGGCGGGCGCAGCGGCGGCGCGCGUGGGAGAAGCGCACGGUGCACGUGCUGGGGAGGAUGCAGGGGCGGCAGGACAGGCGGCGGCAGAACCUGCGCAAGAAGAAGGCGGCCAGGGCCGAGCGGCGCCUGCAGAAGGCCCGCAGGAAGGGCCGCAUCCUGCCCCAGGACCUGGAGCGGGCCGGCCUGGCCUGAGGCCCCGGCUGCCCGGGCCCGGCCGCGAGCGGACGCCGUCGCGUGCUGGAGAGCCUUCGGAUCCGGGGCAGGGCUGACCCAAAUCCGGGCUCUAGGCUCCUCGUGUGAGGCCGGGACGCUACCUGACAG